AUGGCCCCUCCCAAGCAGGCAUACCAAGAUGACAUGCCCUACGCUCGCGAGCCUCUCAAGUCGCUCUACGUCGCGCAGAGGCUCUUCACCACCCUCAUCCUCGGAAUUUGGUGGGCCGCCUACUACGGUGUCAUGCCCCGCAGCCGUCGUCCCCGCCCUUCUUGGUCCAUCAAGUGUUGCAUCUCCGUCAACUUCACUCGCCGCGUCUACCGGGUCACCGAGCUCGCCGGCGUCACCUGGGGGGUCCGCGACCCAGACGCUCCAUGCAGCAAUCGCUCCCUCAAGCACACGCGUUUCGAAUGGGUCGACCCUCUCCCAGAGCGGCUACGUAGUGGCGUCAUCGUGGAUUCCCAGGUGCCGUUCAAGCGCGUGGGAUGCUUCGUGUGGCCCAAGGAGCGACCUAAAAUUAUUCCGAGCUGUCCCGACGAUGAACCGUGUUCACCGGCUGCUGAGACGAGCUCAGACGAUACCCUCAAUGUAGAUAUCGAGAGUGCGGCAGAAGAGCCAGUCAUUGGUAUAUUUAUGCACGGUGGAGGAUAUUGUCAUAUGUCUGCACACGAGAAUUCAAGCACAUCCAAGAUACCUGCCCGGCUAAUGAAGGACAAGGCGUUCACGGAGAUACACGCCGUCGAGUACCGACUCCUACAACACGCACCGUUCCCUGCUGCAGUACAAGACGCCGCAGCGGUGUAUGCACACAUAGUUCAGCGCCAUCAGAGACACGCCACGAAGGUGACUGUUACCCACGACAAGGCGAAACCGGCAGAGGAGGAUGAGUCAGGAAAAGCCAUCAAGGUUCUCAGCGAUUACUUGACAGUCAAUGCCACAGACUACCAGGAGCGUAGUAAGAACAAACGAGAGAACGACGAAAUCCACGCUCGCGUCGCGGUGGAGACUGCCAACCUAGGCUGCAAGAUCGUUCUCAUUGGCGACAGUGCAGGUGGAAACCUCGUCCUUGCACUCGCACGAUGGAUUCGCGACGAGGGCUUGCUCCCUCCUCCGCACGCUCUACUACUUCUCUCGCCUUCUUGCGACCCUUCGCACGCUUUCCCCGAAACUCCAUCUUCGUACCUGCCGCGCCCGCACGCCAACACCGACUACCUCGUCGAUACCCCCGAGCCCCGCGCUCUCCUCCAGCGCACCUUCCUCGGCCACAACCCACUCGAGACGAUGCACUCCCCCUAUGUCUCCCCCGCGUCGAUGCGCGUUCUCACCGCCUUCUACGGCGACGCCUUCGCCGCCUCCGUCGCCGACCUCACCAUCGCCCAGAUGGACACCCACACGCGCCGCUUCCUGCGCACGAUGGACUCCGCGCCCGCGACGCCCGUGCCCGCGACGCCCGUCCUCGGCUUCUCCGUCCCCGCCGGGCUCGUCACCGGCCCGCCCACGUUCGCGUCGUCUGCGGCGAGCACCAGCGACGGGCGCUCGCCCACGAGCCUGCAGCGCCCGGUGAUCGCGAGCCCGCGCGGGCUCAGCCUGUUCUCCGAGUUCCCGCGCGCGUGCGUCGUGCUCGGGGACGCGGAGCGGCUCGAGCGCGAGGUGACGAAGCUCGUGGGCGCGAUGGAGCGCGACGGCGUCGGGGUGCACACGGUCUGGGUGCCCGACGCGCCGCACGACGUCCUCAUGAUGGGCUGGUGGGAUGAGCGCGUGCGGGACACGGUGUGGGGCGAGAUCGAGGACUGGGUCUUGAAGCUCUAG